AUGACAUCAUACAAUCUCAAAUUUGCCUUCACCCAAGCCGGUCUCGCCGCUCUUGCCUCGGCCCAAGAAAAAGUUUGUGUCGUAAAGAGUGUCAAUGGAAAGGUCUCAAAUGUAAGCGCAUCCAAGGGACACCAAUACCCAUUCCUCCCAGCUGGUUAUUUCGAUCAAGCCAACAGCGUUUCAACCAAGGGAUACGGUAUUGUCAACAACUAUGGUGAAUCUCUUACUUUUGGUCUCACCCAAACAGCUCUUGUCAACGGUGUCCAAGUUGAUUCUGAAUUGAAUGCCACCACUGUAUUGAACAAUCAAAUGGCUGAAUACAAUCCAAUUGUUACCCUCUCUGUCUAUGUUGCAGCAUCACUCAACAAUGGUAGUGUCAUCUCAAGCAUCACCGGUCAAUCAUUGACACUCACCUACACUUCUGAUACCUCCAAGACUGUCCACUUUGAUGACAACAGCAGUAUGUUUGUAGAAGGUGAGAUUCCAACAAACUAA